AUGGCCUGCGGCCAGGCCCCUGUGGGCGCCUCUGGCCUGAACUUGGGCUCCCCCAUCUCUGCCACCAAGGCUCGGCCCUCCGCCAUCCCGCGGGCGGACUGCCCGUGGCGGGUGCUCAUCCACGGGGGCGGGAAGUUCUCCUGCGACCAGCUGCUGGACCUGGCCAAGCAGGUGGAGCAGCUGAGCCUGGGCGUGUUCCACCCGGCCUUCGCGCCCAUCGAGCACAUCCAGCGGCAGCUGCGGGCCUUCCUGCCCAGUGACAUCCACGUCCGGGCCUCCCAGCAGCUGGGCAUCUCCCUGACCCGCUGGCCCGACGGCCGCAACGUCAUCAUCACGGACUUCGCCAGCCGCGAGGAGGUCAUCCAGGCCUUGAUCUGCACCCUGUACAUCCCUUUCUACUGUGGGGUGAUCCCCCCCGAAUUCAGAGGGGAGCGCUACUUCGACGGGGCCCUGAGCAACAACCUGCCCUUCUCGGACUGUCCCAGCACCAUCACCGUGUCGCCCUUCACCGGGACGGUGGACAUCUGCCCCCCGAGCACCUCGGCCAACAUGCUCGAGCUGAACGCCUUCAACGCCAGCUUCCAGUUCUCCACCAGGAACUUCUACCUGGGGUUCACCUGUGUCCUCGCGCCCAGCCCCGAGAUGUUGGUCCACUACUGCAGACAAGGCUACCUGGACGCCCUGAGGUUCCUGGAGAGACGCGGACUCACCCAGGAGCCGGUGCUGUGGACGCUGGUGUCAAAGGAGCCCCCGGCCCCAGCCCAUGGGACCUGGGACACUGGCCAAGACGGAGGCCAGAAGGCCGGCCUGUCGCUCAACUGGGCGGUGCCCAGCGUGCUGGUCAAGGACGUGCCCAACUUCAAGCAGCUGUCACCGGAGCUGGAGGCCGCCCUGGAGAAAACAAGUAGGAGGGACCCCAGGCCCUGGGCCCGCUUCCGCCGCUCGACGCCCGGGAAGGCGUUGACCUACCUGCUGCUGCCCUGCACGCUGCCCUUCGAGUAUGUCUACUUCCAGGGCAGAAGGUGA